UAGAACCAUCUGUUGUCUGUGUUGUCGCCAAAACACGAUCAGCCAGGACAAUUCUAAUCAUUUCCAGAAUCCUUUAUUCGCUCCCGAACGCAGCUAAAUGGCAACACACCUGCUCCGAAAUGGAGCUUCCAGCUGGCUUCUCAAGAACUAUCUUUCCCGCCACCAAACACUAAAGCGCUGCCUGCAUGUGACUCCUAGCCUGGACAAGACUGUUUCCUUCAAUCUGAGCGACAUCGGCGAGGGCAUCCGCGAAGUGACGGUUAAGGAGUGGUUUGUCAAGGUGGGCGACACCGUCGAGCAGUUUGACAAUCUAUGCGAGGUUCAGUCAGACAAAGCCUCGGUGACCAUUACCAGUCGCUACGAUGGCAAAAUCACUAAAAUCCACCACAGCAUCGAUGAGAUCGCAUUGGUGGGCAAGCCCCUGCUGGACUUUGAUGUGCUCGACGAGGAGGGUGACGAGAAUAGCACUGAAUCCUCCUCUUCUUCCUCCGAUAGCUCCUCCAGCGAAGCGGAGGCUGCCAAACCUUCAGCAGGCGAGGCUGUUUCCAUUAAUGGGGGCCGCGUCAUCACCCCAGCCACUCCCGCUGUUCGUCGCCUGGCCAAGGAACAUCAGCUGGACCUAGCCAAUGUGCCGCCUACUGGCAAAAACGGACGCGUUCUCAAGGGCGAUAUACUGGAGUAUCUGGGGCAGGUGCCUCCCGGCACAAAUAUCCCUCAUCCUACUAUUGCCGCUAAGCAGCAGUCUCAGGUAGCCAGAACGACUGCUGGUACAGCAGCUGGCAUUCCCGCCGAUCGUGUGGAGGUGCUAAAGGGUGUGCGCAAGGCCAUGCUCAAGGCGAUGACCGAAUCCCUGAAAAUUCCGCACUUUGCGUACAGCGAUGAGAUCGACAUGUCCAAUUUGGUGCAGUUCCGGGCCCAGCUGCAGGCAAUGGCCAAGGAGAGCGGUGUGCCCAAGCUCACGUUCAUGCCGUUCUGCAUUAAGGCGGCCAGCAUCGCUCUGACAAAGUAUCCGAUUGUUAACAGCUCUCUGGACCUGGCCAGCGAGUCACUUGUCUACAAGGGGGCACACAACAUAAGCGUGGCCAUCGACACGCCCCAGGGCCUGGUGGUGCCGAACAUCAAGAAUUGCCAAUCGAAGAACAUCAUUGAGAUAGCCAAGGACCUGAAUGCUCUGGUGGAGCGAGGACGCACUGGCUCGCUGACACCCACGGACUUUGCCGACGGCACAUUUUCCCUGUCCAACAUUGGCAUUAUUGGCGGCACCUAUACGCAUCCCUGCAUUAUGGCGCCCCAGGUUGCCAUCGGUGCCAUGGGCCGAACCAAGGCUGUGCCGCGCUUCAACGAUAAGGACGAGGUGGUCAAGGCACAGAUCAUGAGCGUCAGCUGGUCGGCCGAUCAUCGUGUCAUCGACGGCGUCACCAUGGCCAGCUUCUCGAACGUUUGGAAGCAGUAUCUGGAGCAGCCGGCUCUCUUCCUGCUGCACUAAAUCUGGCUUCGGCCUCCGCUCCGACUUUGGUCUGACCAACGGAUAAGGCUGUUUUGUUGCAUUUAUCUAGACAAAUACGCAUUUAAUUCUGUUAAUCAUGAGUCCCAUGGCCAGGAAAACGGGUGCCGCCGCUCUCCCCCAAAAUGUGCAUUUAUAGGAGGCAGCUGCUCUGAGCGGCUCCUCGAUAGCUUUAAGCUCCUGGCUGGCAAACGGCUGCCCUGGACCAUGGGUUCUUUUUAAAUUGUUGCCCGCUUUUAAGUCAAUAGCCAAUCUUAGUUUGUUAAGCUGCCUGUUUCCGUUUACAGUCAAACUGUACUAUGUGCAAUUAUGCUAAAGCUUUUUUCAAUAAAAAUCCAAUCGGUUUAUGUAAA